AUAUAUUUUCAGUACCAAGUUGCAACGCAGCGAGAGACGAGUAACUGCGUUCUUAUUGAACAGGUUUUGAUGCGCAUAUUUUACGUAUAGUUGCAUUGUAACAUAUUGGACAUUUUUUGUCUUAUAAAGUCAAAAAAGUUAUCGACUAUCAUUAAAAAAUAUGUCUAGUCCUGAAGAAUCAAGUCUCAAAGCCGGUCAUCCACCUGCAGUCAAGGCCGGUGGUAUGAGAAUAACGCAACAUAAGCAUUCUGACAAAGAACGCGAAGUCAAACCUACAAAGGAUCCUGAAGAACUCAAGACAUCUACCAGCCCUCCAAAGGCAAUGAUUGUUAGUGGAGUACAAACCAAAGGACAUGCUGAUUUUCCUCCUGAAGCUGUGCAACAUUAUCAUGAUAAACCUGUUCCAACUCAUGAGGCCCGUUCAUCUAAUUAUUCAAGACCUAUUGUUAUUCAGCAACCGAGGAAGUAGAAUGCCAGCUGGGUUAAAGUUUCUUUAAAAUUUAAACUUUAUAAGAAGUUCAAAAUUACAACAUUUUACUUAAUUCAAAAAAAUUUUACUUGAUUAUCAAAUGUGAAAAGCAUAAAAACUAUAUUUAUUAUUUUAUUCAAAACAUCUUUUUCAUAUGCAUAAAACAAUUGCAACAAUAGUAUAAAGUUUAUUUCAUUGUAAAAAAGUAUUCAUUUUAAAAAGAAAUAUGAUUACUCUUUCACUUCGCCAUAUGCAUUUAACUUUUGAAACUUGAAGGGUGUUUCUAAAAAACUUUUUAGAGUUUAUUAUUGUUAAUAGAAAACUAUUUUUUCUAAAAUAUUCCAUGUAUGCAUUUAACAUGAUGAUACUAAACAUUGAUGUACAAUAAAUAUUACUUAGCCAGAAGAGUA